GCGGCGGCUGCCGUCCUCGGGGCUCCCCGGGAAUGGAGCGAGCGAGCGGGCGCGCGCUGGGAGCAGCCAUUAUUGGAUGUCCAGUGACUGAGAACCAAGAGUUUUAGCUUUAUUAUUACUAUUAUGCCUUUGGAGAUGGAGCCGAAAAUGAGCAAGCUAGCUUUCGGGUGUCAGAGAAGCUCCACGUCAGAUGACGACUCAGGAUGUGCACUGGAGGAAUAUGCCUGGGUCCCUCCAGGCCUUCGACCAGAGCAGAUUCAGCUCUAUUUUGCAUGCCUGCCAGAAGAAAAGGUUCCUUAUGUCAAUAGCCCUGGAGAGAAACAUCGGAUUAAACAGCUUUUAUACCAGCUGCCACCACAUGAUAAUGAGGUACGGUAUUGCCAGUCUCUGAGUGAGGAGGAGAAGAAAGAAUUGCAGGUGUUCAGUGCUCAACGGAAGAAAGAAGCUCUUGGAAGAGGAACCAUUAAACUCUUGUCCAGAGCAGUGAUGCACGCUGUAUGUGAGCAGUGUGGGCUGAAGAUAAAUGGAGGUGAAGUGGCCGUGUUUGCCUCCCGUGCUGGUCCCGGUGUGUGCUGGCACCCAUCCUGUUUUAUCUGCUUCACGUGUAAUGAGCUCCUGGUCGACCUCAUCUAUUUUUAUCAGGAUGGGAAAAUUCACUGUGGCAGGCACCAUGCUGAACUACUGAAACCACGGUGCUCAGCAUGCGAUGAGAUCAUUUUUGCUGACGAGUGCACGGAAGCUGAGGGGCGCCACUGGCACAUGAAACACUUCUGCUGCCUCGAGUGUGAAACGGUGCUGGGCGGGCAGAGGUACAUCAUGAAGGACGGCCGCCCCUUCUGCUGUGGCUGCUUUGAGUCUCUCUAUGCUGAGUACUGUGAAACCUGUGGGGAGCAUAUCGGUGUUGAUCAUGCACAGAUGACCUACGACGGGCAACACUGGCAUGCCACGGAAGCGUGCUUUUCCUGUGCCCAGUGCAAGGCUUCUUUGUUGGGCUGUCCCUUCCUUCCUAAACAAGGCCAGAUUUAUUGCUCUAAAACCUGCAGCCUCGGUGAAGAUGUCCAUGCCUCCGAUUCUUCUGAUUCUGCGUUCCAGUCAGCCCGAUCGAGGGACUCCAGGAGGAGUGUCCGAAUGGGCAAAAGCAGUCGGUCAGCUGAUCAGUGCAGACAGUCCCUUCUCUUAUCCCCAGCUCUGAACUACAAGUUUCCAGGCCUUUCAGGCAAUGCUGAAGAUACCCUUUCUCGGAAACUAGAUGAUCUGAGUCUUUCCAGGCAGGGGCCAACUUAUGCCAAUGAAGAAUUCUGGAAAGGCAGAGUGGAACAAGAAACUCCCGAAGACCCUGAAGAAUGGGCAGAGCAUGAAGAUUAUAUGACACAGCUCCUCCUCAAGUUUGGUGAUAAAAGCCUCUUUCAGCAACAGUCCAGUGAGAUGGAUAUUAGAGCCAAUGAGCACUGGAUAUCUGAUAACAUGGUUAAAAAUAAGACCGAGUUAAAGCAAAAUCACCAGAGCCUUGCAAGUAAAAAAUACCAAUCUGAUAUGUACUGGGCCCAGUCACAAGAUGGACUGGGCGAUUCUGCGUAUGGUAGCCACCCCGGCCCCGCAAGCAGUCGGAGGCUCCAGGAAUUGGAUCUGGACCAUGGUGCCUCAGGAUAUAAUCACGAACAGACGCAGUGGUAUGAAGAUUCCCUGGAGUGCUUGUCAGACUUGAAACCAGAGCAAAGUGUUCGAGAUUCUCUAGAUUCUUUGGCUUUGUCUAAUAUCACAGGGGCUUCCGUGGAUGGGGAAGGCAAGCCGAGGCCGUCCUUGUAUUCGCUGCAAAACUUCGAGGAGAUGGAAGCGGAUGAGUGUGAGAAGAUGAGCAACAUGGGAACUCUGAACUCGUCCAUGCUGCACCGGAGCGCGGAGUCCUUAAAAAGCCUAAGCUCAGAGCUGUGUGCAGAAAAAAUCAUCCCGGAAGAGAAACCCGUCCACCUGCCGGUGCUCAGAAGAUCCAAGUCUCAGUCCCGGCCCCAGCAGGUGAAGUUUUCGGACGAUGUCAUCGACAACGGGAGCUACGACAACCUGGAGAUCCGGCAGCCGCCCAUGAGCGAGAGGACUCGGAGGCGCGUGUACCACUUCGAGGAGCCGCAGCAGCAGCGGGGAGCCAGGCCGCACCACCACCACCACCGGCGCCGGAGGAGCCGCAAGUCCCGCUCCGACAACGCCCUGAACCUGGUCACCGAGAGGAAGCUGGCGCCCAAGGACCGCCUGCGGCUCUACACGCCCGACAACUACGAGAAGUUCAUCCAGAACAAGAGCGCCCGCGAGAUCCAGGCGUACCUGCGCAACGCGGAGCUCUACCGGCAGUACGCGCACGCCGCGUCCGACUACGCGCUGCAGAACCCCGGCCUCAACCGCUUCCUGGGGCUGUACGGGGAGGACGACGACUCCUGGGGCUCCUCCUCCACCUCCUCCUCCGACUCGGAGGAAGAAGGGUACUUCCUUGGACAGCCCAUCCCUCAGCCCCGACCCCAGAGAUUCACCUACUACACAGAUGACCCGGCCAGCCCCGCACCCGCACUGCCUACCCCUCCGUUUAGCCAGAGGACCACCAAAUCCAAGAAGAAAAAGGGACACAAGGGCAAAAACUGUAUCAUUUCUUAAGUCUAGCCAUGAAUCCGUGGGCUUUUUUUUUGUUUGUUUGGUUUUGUUUUCUCCUGUAGGAAAAGUUGCUCCAAUAGUUUCAAAGUGCUUUCUUGGCCCGUGUAAAAUGAGAACCUUACUGCUGUUUACAGUGUCAGAUACCAUGGAAGAGGUGUGGCUGCUCCCGGUUGACCUUCCUCGGAUGGGAGCCAAGGUGCAUCUUGUGCCUGUGGGCCCGUGUCUUCGUUUCCUAGAGCUCCUUUGGUUUCCAACCCCUCUUGAGUAUUCCUAACCCAAGAGACUUGUCACCAGGUGUUGAUCGGCUGGGAGUGUUCCUCUUGGAAGAUGGAGAGCUCUAGCCACCUUUGUAAAGCAAUAGUGUUUGUUAUUCCGUAAGUCAGGUUGGCUCAGGUCCGGAUUGGUCCUUGUUGUGAGAGGCAUGCACAUCAUCACACAGACCUAGCUAACACUGUGCAUCCCUAUUGUAUGAGGCCACCUUGUCCCCUUCUCCCGAGCCUGGACUAGCCAGGUGAACAUUGUUAUUGUAUUAGUUCCAGCUACGGAUUGAGAAAGGAAAAAAAAAUUGCUAUUUAUAACGUAGUAUUUCCUAGACUUAAGUGUAUUCCUAAUUUAACGGUGCAAAUACUAAUGUAUAUACUGUACAGUUCAGAUUUUAAAGCUGAUAUUUUUAUAUCCCUGAAUUGCAAGACGUUUGUUAACACUGCAGUGCUUAGAUUCGUUAGGGAAUCAGAAGCGGCAUUUACGGAUGAAACGACUGCUUGUAUUUUAGUCAGGGUUUAUAAGUUUAGAUGGUCAAAUUUAUAUUGCCUAGUGAUGGAAAGGUGUUUUUUUUUUUAAUUUGAUUUUUCAGUCUUUAAAAAAAAAAGGCUCUGUAUGCAUGGUGGGGCUAUGUAAAUACUCUUUAAAACCAUGGCCCUAUUAAUCUUAUGAGUGUUAUUUAUGGGUCAAGCAAUGUAAACUGUAUAAAUGUAAAAACAA